AUGGCACGAUGCAUUCCUUGCCAUCGGAUGAAAAAGAAAGUGGUGAAAAACACCGCGACCGCUUUUUGCCUGGCCGACCAGUGGCGUAGCUGCUCUCCAACGCCCACAAUCGUCUCGAGGACAACCCAAGUCCACAGUCCGAUAGCGUUCGUGGCGUGGCCCGAUGGCAGUCCAUUGCUUACGAGACAUGAGCCUGCAGGACGUGGACUUUCGUCGCAGUCACCCAGUAUCUUCACCAGUAUGACAGUGUUGAGUACCGUAAGGAUAAUCGGCAGCAGGAUAGCAAACACGCGCAUGACAUCCCAGAUUGUGAUACUGUCGAGUGGCAUACUGAGCGAGAAGAAUUUGCGCAUGAUCCAAGUGCCAGUGCACGGCCCGCGUUCGCAACGCUUAGAGUCCUCGCCCCACAUCUCACAGCACUGCUCGAACGACGUGCAGCGCACAUAG